CCUUUGUUCCCAAGCCUAGAACCUCUCUUGUCUCUCUACCUAGCUUAAUUUGUUAUAUUUCUUGCUUUCCCCUUCAAUUUUUUCAAACCCAUCACCACGAGUUUACAUAUACAUAUCAAUAUCAGAACAUUAAUUUAAUUUGUAAGCGGUCAUAUUUUCAUCCAAUCAUGCCAAUCUUUGGGGGAUCUUCUGAUUCUGAAGACGAAAGAACAAUGCAUCAAACGACUAAGUUCUUCAAUCGCCAACGAUCAAUUCACUCUAUAUUUGGAGGAGGCAAAUUUGCGGAUAUUUUGUUAUGGAGAGAGCCAAAAAUAGCUGCAACUUUGCUGAUAGGAGUUAGUCUCUUCUGGUUCUUGAUGGAAGUAGUGGAAUACAAUUUCAUACCCCUAAUUUGUCAUGCUUCCAUGACUUCUAUGAUUCUUUUCUUUAUUUGGUCCACUGCUUCUGAUUUUCUCAAUUGGGAAAGGCCAAUUAUACCAGAAGUGGUACUAGACGAAUCUUCUUUCAAGGAAUUAACAAGAAGCUUUCACGAUAGAUUCAACAAAAUCCUCUCCAAGCUUCUAGACAUUGCUUGUGGAAGAGAUCCUCCACUCUUUUUCCUCACAACCGUCUCACUUUAUAUCAUCUCCAUCAUCGGGACAUAUUUCAACUUUAUGAAUCUUUUGUUCAUAGGGUUUAUAAGCAUGCAAACGUUGCCGGUUAUGUACGAGCUGUACGAGGAUGACGUUGAUAGAGUGGUGAGGAAGCUGUACAGAAAAAUUGACUCGAACGUUCUUAGCAAGAUCCCAAGAGGAACUGUCAAAAGCAAGAAACAUACUUAAAAUAUUUUUUUAUAUAUUAAUUCAUGUAUAAUCAGAAUUUAUGCAUAUAUUGUGUGCCCUAAUCCAUUGCUUAACUAUGCCUAUGCUCUGGGCCGGACUUGCUUUCCGGCAAGGCGGCAACAAUUCUGUAACUGUAAGACAUACACACUAUACUGGUUAUCCUUUUCUAAUGGUUCCCUGAGUGGAAUCCACUUCUAGCCAAAUAUCAACUGUGAUUUCUUCCUAAUGAAAUCAGUCCAAUAAUAUGGCAUCAGUUAUUCCAAUAUAUGAUCUUUUG